CUUGUUGAUACACUUGGUUUUGGCCAUGCUCUCUACUUUUCUUAGCGGCUUUAACUUUCGGCAUUUUACCUUCCCGCACAGAACACAGAACCAAGAAAUAUUACUCUAUUGCUUCACGUUUCGUCCGCCAUGUGCAAUUUGCUGUUUUGACUCCAACGAGAAAGACUGGGUCGAAUUUUUAACCGCUGACCAAACUCUUUUCAAAUAUGGCGGCCAGCUGGAGCUGAAUAUGCUCUACAAGAAAUGGAUUGAAAAAUGGAGAAGUUACCGAUACAGAUUUGUGCCUUGGAUUGCUUUGAAUUUGAGGAAAAGAACAGUGCGAGAGGUUUCCUCCAGAGAUCAAGACAAGACAGUACCAGAUCCCAAAGUUCUUGAGUCCCUUUUAACUGUCCUACACGCUCUUCACGAUAAUGGUGUACACUCUGCAAAGAACAUGCAAUGUGCAGGGGUCAUGUAUAACGCUCUUGGUUAUGAAAUAAAGAGAUUGGAUAGCACAAUUCCUGGAGCAGGGAAAGGUGUAUUUGUCACAAAAGGAACAGUCCCAGCACAGAGCCUGGUAGCUUUAUACCCAGGAACCAUUUAUUGGCCUUAUGAACCUAUCAUGAUUCAAUCGCUUAGAAAUCCUUUCAUCUUCCGCUGCAUUGAUGGAAUUCUUAUUGAUGGCAAUGAUAAAGGAUUAUCGAAAAUUAUCUACAGGUCAAAUGCGCGACGAGAUCAAAUUGGUCCAAAUCUUCCUUGUGACACCACAUGGCUCGGAGAUGAACCUGUAAACCCACUUGCCGUGGGGCAGUAUGUCAAUAACAGGACAAGGAAUGUCCCAGCCAAUGUAGCUUACCAAGAAGUGGAUGUCCCUUUCCAAAGUAUUGCACCAAAACUGUGGAAGAACCUUCCAAAUGUUUGGUACAGUAGUGGGAACAUUGUAGGUGAAAAUGCUUUCCUAAGAAUGGUUGCACUAGUUUCAGUGGAUGAAAUUAAUGAAGGCAAAGAAGUGUUUUCCUCUUAUUUCACAGUGGUACAUUAGAAUACAAUUCCUGGUGAACAUUUUACCCUAAUCAGGGCUCGAAAAAAGAGCCGUCCAGUCGCGCGGGACAAGAAGAUUUUCCUGUCAGGCAAGUUACUUUUCAUUCUCACUUGUCAAAGGGCAAGGGCACAGCCAGGUCAUCUGCCAACUAAUUUGCAAAAAAAGUUAACUAAGACCUGCCCAGGGUAAGCAAAAUUUGAGAACUAUUGGUAUGAUGGGCAAGUUGGAAUUAAAGUUUUUUUCAAGCCCCGCUAAUGUAAUAUGCAUUAUAAUACCUUCAAAUAAAAAAAAAAAAUCAAAAAUAAUUUUGUAAAAACAUUGAAAUUGUGAUGAUAAAUAAAUGAGGAACAAAGAAGUUCAAAACUGAGAAUUAAGAUUUUCUGCAAUUAUAGCUGGACCAGUAAUAUUUAGGUACCGAAACACUGGCAAAAUUGACAGUAGGGAAACAAUUCAUUGCAUGGGGUUUGAUUUGUGUUCCUAUGACAUUUAUCGUUCUCCCAAACGUUCAUUUUGUGCUUCUAUAGUGCGAUAGAAACACAGAAUUUAUUCUCACCAUAAUUGUUUUGUUUUUUUUGUUUUUUUUGUUUGUUUGUUAGUUUCUUUGUUUUUUUUUCAUUGUUAGAGUGAGUUUUUUUAUUUAAAAUGUAAGAAACAGAAAACAUUUGCUUGUUUAUAUUGAGUGAUUGGAACUAGUUUGGGAGAAUGAGAAAUGCUGUGGGAACAUGAACCAACAGAUGAGUGUUUCCACAGCUUUUUGAAUUCUCCCAAUCUUUCACAAUCAUGAGUGUUUCUUUUACUUGACAGAAACAGAAAAUGUUUUCUAUCUUUUUUGGGAAAACAGCCUAAAGAAACUAACGAAUGUGACUACAACUUUUCUGUGUUUCUGAUUUUCAACUAAUCACCAUGAAUAUUUUCUUUGGGCUAUGUUCUAAACACAUAAAAUAUACAAACUUCUACCUUUCAAGAUCAGAAAAAUCACUGCAUAAUGAAAUAAUCUUUAAUUAUUGAAAAAAUAUUAAAUUCUAUAUAAUUAUGCUAAAUGAUUGUGCCAAUAAUUUAAAUUUGUUAUACUUAAUUACAAAUAAGCACAAAUUAAAUAUGUAAUUUUUUCUUUCCCUACUAGACUAGAAUGAUUUAACACAUUCUUUCUUUUCUAUCUACAAAAAAUUAUAGACAUAAUGUACAUUGAAUACUAACAACCUAUGUGUACUGAAUGUUUAAAUGUUCAUGUAAUUAGAAAUCUCUUCAACUUGCUAGAAAACAACAAAGAACUCUAAAACUACUUGGACUGGGUGUACUGCAUAGCAGUUCCUCUUGUUAACCCUUUAGUCCCUUUGCAUUGUCGAUAUUUUAUAAUUUGUUAAAAAUCCUCCUAGAGGUCUACUGUGACUCAUCUGACGUAGGGUUCAGCAGUUCAGCACAAAUGAUUUCAUAUUUAAUUCUAAUCAGCAUAUUCUAAAAUUUCUAAAAAUUGUUCUACAAUUAAAUGAUGCUGUAAAAUUGUGAAAGUAACAAUAGGUAACGAAACGUGCCAAAUGAUAUAAUAUCCAGUUUUUUUGUAGUUUGAUACUGACAUCUCUAAAUUUACUUCACACAAUCAUGAUGAGGUUAGCUAUAAAAGAUCCGCUUUAAAUAGACUGCUUUUGUGUUUAUUUCGAGGGCCAUUAGUUUAUCAGUUUUGUUACUGUCAAAUGUUACCCUCUCCAAUAAAUUCUACUACCACUACUACUACUAGUCUGUUUUUCUCUCAAAAUUCAGCGUAGGUUAUGAGGUGAGAUGCUUUAGCCUUCUUGGCCAUACCGCUCUUGUCUCACCUUCCUCCCUACUCAGCCAGAGCCAUAGCAUUGCAUUCACGAUAGCUAAACACUCAUUCAAGUGACCCUUAGAGAAAAACUGGCUGCCAGCAGACUAGCUAUAAAGGUUAAUGUACCACAACCAAAAUGUUCAGUGAAACUCUGCUACAACAAAAGAAAAUACUGGGAAUCCAAAUUUAACUACCAAUUCUAAGGCCUUUUAGACUCAUCUCAUUUUAUCACAUGUAAUGCAAUGUCACUAAAUAUAACAAUAAAUGUGCUAGAGUUAAUAGAA